AUGGAUGACAUUGAAAAUGCCGUCAAGAGGCCAGACCAUGGGCAGGGCUUCGCACAAGCUUCUUGGCUACUAGCCAGCGAUGUCGAUUCCGAGGGCUUCAUCUUCCAGAAGUUUAACAAGCUAAGCGCUCGCAAUAUCUUGUACUUGCAGUGUGAAGUUUUGGCUCUGGAGGAGAAGCUGGAGAAAUUUGAUCGACUCGUCGAUGGAAGCACCGACACAUCACUGCAAGAAUCCACCAGGAAAUGGGAAAAACUGGAUGAACCAUCUCGUGACGGGCUUCAUCGAAUCCGUCGCUAUAAUGAAAAGUCAAUCACAGUAGCAGUCGGCCUGAUCAGUAUUGCACUCGCUGCAGCUUUGCUCAUCGGAGCCAUCGUCGGCUUUUCAUACGUCUCUCGCUGGUCAGCGAAAGUGGGCAUGAUAUGUGCCUUCACUAUCGCGUUUGCUUUGUGUGUAGGUUUGACAACGAAUGCAAAAAGAGGGGAGAUUUUUGCAGGAACUGCAGCAUACGCCGCUGUGCUGGUCGUGUUUGUUAGUAGCGGGGAUCUAUCAGGGAACCAGUGCUGUCAACCGCAGUGA